CCCAAAAUUACAGAACCAAACUGCUGAAAGUCUCAAAACUAUUCUUGAUAUUUUACAAGAUCCAGUAUUUGUUUCUAUUGUGCAUGUCCAGGAUUCUCUGUCUGAAUUGAAUGCUCAACUGUCGCAACAUCCGUCGAUGCUUCCAAAUGACUUUGAUAUUGAUAUGGCAGGAAACUUGGUUCUUAGUGUCAAUAAUGGAGGUGAUGUUUUGUACGAAUUUGAUGAGCGAGUUUCUACUUCAUUAAACAGCGCCUCCGUCCCAAAUAGCCCUGGUAGUAGCAAGGCAACGGAAGUCGCUGACAACACUAUGCUGGAGCAACAACAUUCCAAAAUGCCCUCCUUGUCGGUGGAACUAUUCCCUACGGAUUAUGUACAAAUACAAGCCAUUGAGCUAGUCAAUGAUGGUACUGGACUAGGUUUCGGAAUUAUAGGAGCACGUAACUCUGGCGUCAUAGUUAAGACAAUUUUACCAGGUGGAGUUGCGGAUAGAGACGGCCGAUUAAGAUCGGGUGACCAUAUUUUGCAAAUUGGUGAUGUUAAUUUGCAGGAGAUGGUAUCGGAGCAAGUCGCAGCUGUGUUGCGGCAAUCAGGAACACAUGUACGUUUAGUUGUUGGUCGUGCAAUUGAACAGCCAUCUCCAGUUGGGUUUAAUUUGGAAGCGGGUAGUGCAAUUGUUCCGGCUAGAGUUUUAGUUGAUCGUGCUGAACUUGAGCGGUACUUGAUAUCAACUGGCUUUCCUGAAAUUUUUGGGGAAAGUUCAAAUGCUUCCACCCCUCAGACAACGACGGAAGAUGACCGAUUUGUGUAUAGGGGAUCCAAGCCCAUUAUAGACCUCUUAGAAUUGCCCGAAACUGAAAAAUUGCAAGUUGAACUUACUAAGGAUGCUAAUGGUUUAGGUAUAACCAUUGCGGGAUAUGUGUGUGAGAAGGAAGAGUUAUCUGGAAUAUUUGUAAAGAGCGUAUCACCAGGUUCAGCAGCCGACUUAAAUGGUCGUAUAAGAGUCAACGAUCGCAUUAUAGAGGUAGAUGGACAAUCGUUACAGGGGUUUACCAAUCACCAGGCUGUCGAGCUUCUUAAGCAGUCAGGGACAGUGGUCAAUCUAAGAUUGGAGCGCUAUUUAAGAGGACCUAAAUACGAACAACUUCAACAAGCAAUUGCCGCCAAUGAUAAGCUUCCGUCCAGUAUGCCAUCUACUCCUUCACGUCCCUCGACAGCAAGAGAUACGUUUGCCACCAGUGGCGAACCACUCCAUGCUAAAAAUAGUGUGCUACUUACGCGACAAAAAUAUUAUACUGAACCUGAACUCAGUGCUGAGGUGGAACAAGAAAUUAUUCGCAAAUGGAAGAAAAUUGUUGGAAAUGAUGUUGACGUAGUGGUGGCUCAAAUUAAGAAAUUUCCGGUUGGUGGUCUUGGAAUAUCGCUAGAGGGCACUGUAGACGUCGAAGGUGGUCGGGAGGUUCGACCACAUCACUACAUCCGGUCUAUACUAGCUGAUGGCCCUGUUGGACUCAAUGGUAAACUUCGUGCUGGUGAUGAAUUAUUAGAGGUAAAUGGUGAGCGAUUAUUCGGUAUGAACCAUUUGGAGGUAGUGGCUAUUCUAAAGGAGCUUCCCAUUGAUGUUCGUAUGGUUUGCGGUCGUAGCAAGACAGAAUUAAUGUCUUUUUCUGAUGACAUUAAAGAGUUGGAAAGUAAUUUAGAAAAACUUGUUCCGGCCUCUGAUAGACUAGUAAAAGCAAAAUCAGAUGGCAAUCUAGCCACUUCAUCACCAACCACAGAAGAAUCGUUCAAGUUCAAAUCGCGCUCUUUGGAGCCUUUGACUGGUUUGGCAAUGUGGUCAGAAGAGCCCCAAAUAAUAGAACUCAUAAAAGGAGACCGGGGUUUAGGUUUCUCCAUACUUGAUUACCAAGACCCAAUGGAUUCUAACGAUUGCUUGAUUGUCAUUCGUUCACUCGUUCCAGGAGGAGUAGCCCAGAUGGAUGGCCGUCUUAUACCAGGUGAUCGUCUGUUAUUUGUAAACAAUAAUUUGGAAAAUGCUACUCUUGACCAGGCUGUCCAAGCUUUGAAAGGGGCCCCUAAGGGCAUUGUUCGCAUUGUGGCUAAACCACUCCCCAUGACAGAUACAUCUUUAAAGUCAAACGGAAACAAUUCCAUCGUAUCAAAUAACGCAGAUGUUGAGAUGAAUGUUCAAAAGUGUGAUUUUCAGAGCCUAACCAGUCCCCCUGAAGAAAUUAAUUCCCCGAACCAGAUUUGAUUUCAAAUUGGCGAAAGUAAUCAAAAUCAUUUUUUAAAUAUCUCCUUUAACAAUAAAGUGCGUAUAUAUACAUAAAAGCAGAAUAAAUUACAUAAAUGUUGUUGGUAUAUGUA